AUGGCAUCAAUAGCUUCAAAACUUCCUUUCAAACUUCCCUCCAAGAAAUUUAUGGCCUUUGUUGGUACAUGUACCGGCCUGGCUGGACUGAUGUCUCGUGAUAAUAUGUUAUCGAGAGAAGGCCUACACAAAGUUCAGAGCAAGGUGGCACACCUAGCAUUAGAGCCAAUGGACGUUCAUGAGUUACCGCGUAAAGUGACCGUAUACUUAACACCACCAGUUGGUGACGGGAUAUAUAAAACGAGGGCUCAUUUUAAGGAAUAUGUUAAACCAGUUUUAGUAGCAGCAGCUGUAGAUUAUGAAAUAGUGGAAGGUUUUAAAAGUGGAGAAUUGCAGUCUAAAGUACGCGAAGCAAUUAUCAGCCGACGUAAAGCAGAGAGGAGUGUCUCUCAGCCAACAGAUAAUUCUAACAAUCCAACACAAGAAAUAAAGAAGAAAUCAUUAGCCGAGACGGGAGGAGCAAUCGUAGUUGGACGUGCUGCGUGGAUCGAAUAUCUCCACGGACUUAAUGAAGGGUGUAAUGCGCCAUUAGUAGAUGAGCAAGUUGGCACAUCCUCAGAAUUAGAAACAAACACACAAUCAGUUGGUGAAAGUAAUAACAUCACUGAAACGAAUACAUCACCCACACCGCAACAGUCAUCUGACGGCAUACCGUCUGGUACUAACGAUGAAAUUUUAAUACCCGAACUUGAACCGGUUGGCUAUGUACACUUUUAUAAUCGAAUAGGAUGGAAGAAUGUCCCGUUGAGAAUCUAUCAUGCCUUGAAUUCGUAUAAAAAUUACGAAAUAGCCGGUGAGGAAGCAGUUAAAGUAGCAUUAGGAGAUACGAGAAAAUUUACAGAUGUUGAUAUGGACAAUGGUAAAGGUGAAGAGCAAUUCUUCAAAGGCGAAGUCGAAAACCCAAAGUUGGAUGGAAGAAUUGCAGAGAAGCUAAGUGUUUAUAUAUGA